AUGGCUACUGCUGUUCCUGCUACGGUAAUUACUGAUUCCGCAAAAAAUUUAAAUGAUACCAUGGUUGCCGUUGAGUGGCAUGGUACUACUGACGUACGCAUCAAUACAAAACGUCAAAGACCUGUCCUUACUCAACCAACCGAUGCCAUUGUUCGUGUAACUGGAACUACUAUAUGUGGAUCCGAUUUACAUUUGUAUCAUAAUGAAAUCCAUGGGAUGGAGAGAGGGGAUGUCUUGGGUCAUGAAGGAAUGGGAGUCGUUGUUGAAGUUGGUGAGAAGGUCGCAAAUAUUAAACCAAAUAACCGCGUUGUUAUUUCCGCAGUAAUUGCAUGUGGAAAUUGUGAAUAUUGUCAAAAUAAAUUGUAUAGCUCUUGCGACAUCACAAAUCCAAGUAAAGAAAUGGAAGAAUUAUACGGUCAUCGUACCGCUGGAUUAUUUGGAUAUUCCCAUUUGACUGGCGGAUAUGAUGGAAUACAAGCCGAAUACGUUCGGGUUCCUUUUGCUGAUGUCAAUCUCCUUCAAGUUUCGGAAGAAGAUUAUCAUGCUUUAGGGGAGAAAUUGGUCUUAUUAUCGGAUGUUGCUUGUACUGGUUGGCACGCCAACGAAUUAGGCGAAGUGUCUAAAGGUGAUGUUGUUGGAAUUUGGGGAUGCGGACCAAUUGGUUUAAGCGCAAUCGCAUGGGCGAAAUAUCGUGGCGCGUCGCGUAUAAUCGCGAUCGACUGUGUUCCGGAACGUUUAGCAAAGGCACAUGAUAUUGGAGCCGAAACAAUUAAUUUCAAAGAGAAUAAAGAUAUAGUAGGGAAAAUGAAGGUGUUUGUUCCCGGUGGACUGGACGUUGCAAUCGAGUGUACAGGAUUUCGUUAUACCAAAACCGUUAAACAACAGGUAGAAAAGUCACUCUUUUCUGAGACCGAUAGUAUUGACGCGUUAGGUGAAGCAAUUCGUUGUGCUAAAAAAGGUGGAAGAAUUUCUAUCAUUGGAGAUUUUGUUGGGAAGGCCAACAAUUUUCCGAUUGGUGCAGUUAUGGAAAAAUCACUCACUUUGCGAGGCGGUCAAGUUCUAGUGCAAAAAUAUUGGGCCCAACUUUUACCAAUCAUGAGGUCGAAUCAAGUGAACAUGAAUUUCUUUACACAUCACGGAAAAUUGGAAGAUACCCCAAAAUUUUAUAAAAUGUUUGAUAAGAAAGAAAAUGGGAUAAUUAAAGUCUUCUUGUGUGUGGGUGAUCAGUGUAAAAGUCAGCAUUAA